CACUUAUGGGGGGGGUGCAACUUUUCCUAUUAAGAAACGUUGUUCUGAUUUAGAAGAAUUUAUGCUUACAUGAUUAUGGGUGUAUGUAUUUGGAAACUGAUAAGAAGAGAGUGCAGUUUAUAGUUGCUAAGUCAAGUUUUGUUUAAAAAAACCUCUCCAGCAGUUUUAAGUAUUUACUUGUUUUUUUUUUUUAUAGCCAGCACAGUAGGUAAGUAAAAUUAAGGCAAGACUUUUACCUGCAUUAUACUACAGCUGCUAAAAGAGAUGCAGGGGGUUAUAAUAAUUUAUUUGUAUUAAGGGGUGUGAGGCUCCUGUGAAGAAAGUGGGUAUUUGCUGGAUGCUCACAGAGAAACCAGAAACUUGACUGGUAUUCACAAGUAUGGAACUGAGUUUUAUUCAUACAGAGCAUGUUACAUGUUGUGGUAGUGACCAGAGCAACUGCCAGAGUAAAAUUCAGUCCUGUUGUCUGCCAUUUUAAAUUGCGGAUUGAGUUAUUUAAUUUAAUUUAAUUUUUCUUAGAUCAUCAUCAAAAAUAGUGAUGCUUUGCUUCCAGGUGUGAUUUAGACAAAUUUGUUUUACUCUGAGGUUAAAGUGAAGUCAACUCCAGGAAAACUGUGAAAUGAAAAAACUUCUGAAAUCCCUAUUGGAAAUGUUAGAGUUUCUUUAUAGAAUAAAAUAGUGUCUAAAUUUAGUCUUCAAAAAAAAAAAAAUUAAGAGUUGAAAUAUUGUACAACACAAUUUUUAAAGAAAAUGCAAAAAUUUAGUAUUUUUUCUAAAUUUUAUUUUGUUGAGAAUACACAUAGCAAAACACACACAAUUCAGGCAUUUCUACAUGUGCAGUUUAGUGUCAUUAGUUACAUUCUUUGAAUUGUACAACCAUUUUCACCCUCUUUUUCUGAAUUGUUCCUCACUCGUUAACACAAAUUCACUGCCCUUUAAGGUUCCUAUCUAAUCUUUUCAGUUACUGUUGUUAGUUUUAUCCCAUAUAGAUAGUUCUGAAAACAGCAUAAUUCUGGAGUCGGGCUAGUUUUGUAGUUAAGCUAAACUAUCGCGUGGUUUUAAGAUGACUUCUGGAGAUAUUUUUGGUUUAAGGCUUAAAGAUUAUCUCAGCAAUAGUUUCAGGGUUUCAUCCAUCCAUGCAUGGCUUCAGAAAGUUUAGAGUCCAUGAGAGAAUUUGAUACUCUGUUCUGUAUUUUCCCCUUUUGAUCAUGCUUCUUCAUUGGAAUCUUUAGUUAAAAUGUUCAGUAAUGGUAGCUGGGCACCAUCCUGUUCUCCUGGUCUCAUGGCGAAGGAGGUAGUUGUUCAUGGAGGCAGUUAGCCACACAUUCCACAUUCUCCUAUUCCUGACUCUCCACCUUCCUCUGUUGGUCCAGGUGAAUAAAGACCAAUUGUUGUGCCUUGGAUAGCUGCUGGCGAGUUUUUAUGAGCAUAGGCACUACGCAACAAACUAGGAAGUAGAACAGAAAUUCUAGACAUGUUAUCAGGCCAAUUAACUGGAAUAUGCAAUGAAAUCAUGACUCUAAACCUUCAAACCAAGGAACCAGAUCCCGUGAGGUAUUUGGUUGUACAUAAGCAACCUCAGCAACUACUCUUUUUUUUUUUUGUCAUUGUAGAUAUAUGUCACACAACUUUUGCCAGUUCAACUUCUUAUAGGCGUACAGCUUGUUGACAGACAGCAGUUACGGUGUCUGUUUCCUGUGGAAUACCUGACUUCAGGUCAAGAGAUGGUAUUUAUGCACGCCUUGCAGUGGACUUCCCAGACCUUCCAGACCCUCAAGCAAUGUUUGAUAUUGAAUAUUUCAGAAAGGAUCCAAGACCAUUCUUCAAGUUUGCGAAGAAGAAACAGCAUUGAAGCAUUAUUUGGGGGGAAAAACACACACACAAUAUCCAGCAACUCAGCAUUCAUGAGCAACUCUAUACUAUACCAGUAUGUGCCUGUGCAGUGGAAGGAAAACAAUUUUGGAAAUAUAUCCUGGACAAUUCCAGCCAUCUCUCUGUCACAAAUUUAUAGCCUUGUCAGAUAAGGAAGGAAAACUACUUCGCAACUAUACUCAGAACAUAGAUACACUGGAGCAGGUGGCAGGAAUCCAAAGGAUAAUUCAGUGUCAUGGUUCCUUUGCAACAGCAUCUUGCCUAAUUUGUAAAUACAAAGUUGACUGUGAAGCUGUACGAGGAGAUAUUUUUAAUCAGGUGGUUCCUCGAUGUCCUAGGUGCCCAGCUGAUGAACCACUUGCUAUCAUGAAACCAGAGAUUGUCUUUUUUGGUGAGAAUUUACCAGAACAGUUUCAUAGAGCCAUGAAGUAUGACAAAGAUGAAGUUGACCUCCUCAUUGUUAUUGGGUCUUCCCUGAAAGUAAGACCAGUAGCACUAAUUCCAAGUUCCAUACCCCAUGAAGUGCCUCAGAUAUUAAUUAAUAGGGAACCUUUGCCUCAUCUGCAUUUUGAUGUAGAGCUUCUUGGAGACUGUGAUGUCAUAAUUAAUGAAUUGUGUCAUAGGCUAGGUGGUGAAUAUGCCAAACUUUGCUGCAACCCUGUAAAGCUUUCAGAAAUUACUGAAAAACCUCCACGAACACAAAAAGAGUUGGCUCAUUUGUCAGAGUUGCCACCCACACCUCUUAAUAUUUCAGAAGACUCAAGUUCACCAGAAAGAACUUCACCACCAGAUUCUUCAGUGGUUGUUACACUUUUAGACCAAGCAACUAAGAGUAAUAUUGAUGAUUCAGAUGUGUCCGAAUCAAAAGGAUGUGUGGAAGAAAAAUCACAGGAAGUACAGAUUUCUACUAGGAACACUGAAAGUAUUACUGAACAACUGGAGAGUCCGGAUUUGAAGAACGUUGGCUCCAGUACUGGGGAGAAAAAUGAAAGAACUUCAGUUGCUGAAACAGUGAGAAAGUGCUGGCCCAUUAGACUUGCAAAGGAACAGAUUAGUAAGCGGCUUGAUGGUAAUCAGUAUCUGUUUUUACCACCAAAUCGUUACAUUUUCCAUGGCGCUGAGGUGUAUUCAGAUUCUGAAGAUGACGCCUUAUCCUCCAGUUCUUGUGGCAGUAACAGUGAUAGUGGAACAUGCCACAGUCCAAGUUUAGAGGAAGCCAUGGAGGAUGAAAGUGAGAUUGAAGAGUUCUACGACGGACUGGAAGAUGCUGCUGACGUCCCAGGGAGAGCUGGAGCAGCUGGAGCUGGUGGAGGGGGUCAGGAGGCAGUAAAUGAAGCUGUGUCUGUGAACCAGGGAGCCACAGACAUGAGCUGUCCAUCAAACGAGUCGUGAUGUAGUAAUUACCUAGGUACAGGAAUUGUCCCACCAGCAUCAGGAACUUGAGCAUGUCAGAAUGAAUGUUUACUGGUGAACUCAAUAGAGCAAGGACACCAGAAAGGUGUAAUAUUUAUAGACUGGUAAAAUAGAUUGCUUUUUUUCCAUGGAUAAUUUUUAACUUCAUUAUUUCUGUACUUGUACACUCAACACUAACUUUUUUUUUUAAGAAAGGUACUAAGUAUCUUUAAUCAGCUCUUGGUCAAGACUUUCACUUUUGUUUAAAGGUUCAUUUGUAUGAUACAUCCAUAUGUGUAUAUAUAAUUUUGUUCUUACCUAGUGAAUUUCAACAUUUUUAAAGUUUUCAAAAAAGCCAUGGGAAUGUUAAAUUAAUGUAAAGGGAACAGCUUAUCUAGACCAAAGAAUGGUAUUUUCACACUUUUCUUUGUAACAUUGAAUGGUUUAACAUCCUCAAAUCUCUGUUCUGCUAAAACUUUUCAUUCUUUAGCACAAUUACAUAUUUUUAAACACUGGCAUUUUCCAAAACUUGUGGCAGCUAACUUUUUUAAAAUUUCAAAUGACAUGCAAUGUGAGUAGAAGGAAGUCAAUAAUAUGUGGGAGAACACUCAGUUGUCCUUACUUUUUAAAGUAAGACUUGGUGCUGAGAGCUUCAGGAGUAUUGUCUUGUUCAAAUGAAGAUGGCUUUUGUACUUCCUGCAGACAUGUAGUAAUGUCUAUAUUGGUUCAUAAAACUACCAUGAAAAACAAAUGCUUUGGAAAUGUUUCACUUGCUUCAGAAAACAACAGUGCCUGCCUGGAUCCCCUUAGUUUUGGGAAUCCUUGCCAUUGUUGUUUAAAUACCUAUCACUGUGGUAGAGCUUGCGUUGGUCCUUUUCCACAAGUAUAAAACUGCCAAGAUGUGAGUAUGCAAAGCCUUUCUGAAUCUGUAAUAAUGGUACUUCUUCUGGGGAGUGUGUAAUAUUUUGGACUGUUUUUCAUUAAUGAGGAGAGCAACAGGCCCCUGAUUUCAAUUCCAAAGUAAUAUGUUAAUUACAACUCAGCCACAAAGUCCAUGCCCCCUGGAGGCACACUACAUGGCUCCUGUUGGGAGAAUUUGGUGUGGUAAAUACCACACUGCUAGCCUAGUAUUACUGAGAUGAACACGAGGUAACUUCUAAUACAGAACAGUUAAUGAAUGAAACUAGUUCCUAUAACGUAUGUUUAUUUAAAAGCUUAGCCUGCCUUAAAACUCUAGAGAUCAACUUUCUCAGUUGCAGAAGCUUUUAGCCUUUUAAAAAAGUUCAUACUUUAUAAAAUUGCACAGUAAGCAUUUAUUUUCCAGAUUUUUUUCCAACAUUGCCCCCAAAUUAUAGGAUUUUCAUACAUUGCUUUAGUAUUUAUUACAGUAAAAAAAGGGUUUGAAAUAUAGCUGUUCUUUAAGCAUAAAAUACCCAGCUAGGUCCAUUACUGCCAGAGGAAAAAAAACUAUUGAAUGGCCAUUUCUCUGCCUAAAAGAUCUCAACCUAAAUUUAUUUGGCCACACUAAAGAAUGCAGUAUAUUUAGUUAUCCAUUUGCAUGAUGUGUGUUUGUGCUAUAGAUAAUAUUUUAAAUUGAAAAAUUUGUUUUAAAUUAUUUUUACAGUGAAGACUGUUUCCAGCUCUUUUUAUAUUGUACAUAGUCUUUUAUGUAAUCUACUGGCAUAUGUUUUGUAGACUGUUUAAUGACUGGAUAUCUUCCUCCAACUUUUGAAAUACAAAACCAGUGUUUUAUACUUGUACACUGUUUUAAAGUAUUAAAAUUGUCAUUUGACUCUUUUCUGUUAACUUACAUUGUUUAAGGUAUAGAAUUUUUAAUUUUGUAGAGUUUGCACAGCAUAGAGGGCUGUAUGAGAUGCUUUCUUCUCAGUACUUGGAGACCCUAGGUGCUACAGACUGCUAACAUGCUAGCUUGCUAACUGAAAGGUUGGCAGUUUGUGCAUACCGAGACGUGCCUUGGAAGGAAGGCCUGGCAAUCUUCUGAAAAAUAAGCCAUUGAAAACCCUGUGGAGCACAGUUCCACCCUGACACAGAUGGGGGCCACCAUGAGUUGGAAUUGAGUCGAUGACUGGCAAUGGGUUUUUUUUUUUUUUCCCCUCAGUACAUACUAACAUUUCUUCAUUCAGUUGCUACCUUAGCCUUACCAGAACGGUACUUUCCAACACCAGUGGUGCUGGUUAUAGAAACUGUACAUCACCAAUAGUUUCAGAACUAGUAUUUCAACCCUUCUAGACCAGAGGCCUUAGAUAAAAUGUGGGGAGAGGCAGGGCCUAAGAAGAACUCGACUAAGAUCUGGCAAAGUCAUAUGACAAAGGACCUAGGACUUUGGGGUUAGAGGGCAAUAGGGAAGGGUGGAAAUGUAGUGAAUUCAAGAACUCAGGCACUAUGAUGGUCAGGUUCUCUGAAACUGGUCGCAGGUGCUAGAUUUAACAACAGGGAGUGGACAACACAGACUGCAGAUCACAUGUCAUAUCAACUUCAGGCCUUACCUGGAAACCUAGUUGCCCAUUAAAGUGCUUGACAGCGAGCACCUGGAAGGUGCCUGUUGAUCGAGUACUUGGAUAAGGCCUUGACUGACAGUUUCCUGCUUCCAGGUCUCUGCCUCCCUAACAUUCCCUGGUACGCCCUGUUUGCACCAGAAGACUUAGCUGUAACAUCCCACCCGGAGAGGUUUUAAAUAUAAUGGUGACAUUCCAUAUGAGCACAAACUGGAAAAAGGACAACAGGUAGUUAGGAGGUAAUUUUAAAUAGUCAAAAUGAGACUGACUUUAAUUGACCCUGUACUGAACACUGAACCACCUUCUUGCUUAAUGCAGCAUAUACUGUAUUUCACUGAUUGUAAUACCUCAAUCAAUGGCACGUGAUGGUCUAAUUAGCAUUUUUUCAGUGGUACGUUAAAUAUUGUACUUCCAGUCAAGGGUAUUUUAUUUUACAUCACCAUCUACUGAGCUUUAUUAGGCAAAUUUCAUUUGAAACAAGUCUCAUACCUGGACCUGUAAUCUAAAAGCAGAGUGUAUGUAGACUAAAUCUUCCCUAGAAAUGAACAAAGAUCCAAAGGAGCCAAGUCUGAGCCUUAAGCUCAAGCUAGGAUGCUAGUAGAUAUAUGCAGAAAAGGUCUAAUUAACCUCUCUCUGGUGAGGCUCUCAACUGAGACUACUAAAAAAAUUACCUAAGGAGCCUUUACAAGGGUAUUAAGCCUGAGUGUUACCACUUAAAAGGGAGUUGACCUAAGAUGGGGCUUUGACAUAAUAUUAAAAAGCACCUCCAGGUGAUUAAAAAGUAGCCAGGGUUUGAGAACCACUGUUAGCUGGAAAGGAAUAGGGGAGUUCCCUUCAGACUUUCAACACUCCAUUCCUGGGGAUGGCCUAAGAGGGAGAUAGGCCAAGUUACAUAAUAUAAGCAACCUCUCUUCACAAAUUUACCUCCAUAAAUACUGCACUGAUUAGAUAACUUGGGUUUUUAUAACAAUACUGGCAAGGGUGGGGAACUACCGAAAUAACAGGAGAACAAAACUACCAUAACGCGUUUUCAUGGCCAAAUUACGCAAGACAAAUAGGGGAGUGAUAAGAGGUGGCUAGGCGGCAGGAACAUUUGACCUAGCUUUCAGAGAGUUACCAUAUGUAUGCUCUUAAGGGGAAGACUGCCCUAUGCAUAUUAAGCUUUAAUGCAGGCCUUUUUGUUAAGGCCAAAAAUCUCAGUAGAAAUUGACCCCAAUGAGUAGUCCUUAUAAACUGGUCCUUAUGAAUGGACCCUAUGAGAAACUGAACACUAGGACUCUAAGGUCUCUCUGGUGGUAAAAGCUGCGUUCUGGUUUUAUUCUAAUUUAUAGAAGUGUCUUGGUCCUAUUGCCUUAUAAAUCAGUCAGAACAACAGCUUUCAAAAUAACUACUACAGACAGGUGAUCUACAAACACAAUUUUAUCUUUUGCACCUCUGUGUGGAGGCCAAAUUUCAAAUUUAGCUAACUCAAUAAUCACGGUCCUACAAUUUACUCAGUAUUUGCCUACUCUGAUCUACAAAGUUCAGGAGAUUUUCUUACUGUGUUAAAACAUGGCAAUUUCAAAAAUGUCCAAUGUUACUUUAACUUUUUUUUGAAUCUCCUUGCUGUUAAUGCUACUGCAUUACAGUCUGCAGCAACAGAGGGAAGAAAAGAGUAUCAGUAAUAUUUACCCAAAGUAAGCCUUGCACUCUGCGCUCCCAGGUUAAGAUGCUAGGUCCUUGUUAAAACAUCUGUCCACUAAACUCCAUCUGCUCACAGAUCAGCUUCAUAGCUCACGAAUUACUGAUGAAAAAAGCACUUAACACCUACAUACAUAUAGCUGUUUCCUAUUUGAACAGUUACACACUACCCUCAAGGAAUGGAUGCACAGGGAAACAGGAUAUAACACCAGGUACGCGGGAGCAUUUUCACAGAGAAGAAUGCUACUUUGAGGAAAAUUGCCUUAGGUGAGAAUAUUAUUUUAGUGCUUCUACCUAUAAAAAGACACCGAUGGUUCACUAGUAAAAAAUGUUGUAUUUAAGUUAAACUAACCCAGGUCCACAAUCCCCCAUCCUAAAACCCUUGGGCUCAGCUACAUUUUGUAUAUUGUAUUACACACCACCUUCACUGGUGCCUGGGGCAACACCUAGACCAAAAUAAAUUUAUACAGGAAUGAGACAAUUCAAAAUUUAAGAGACCUUCCCUGAGACAUCCCCCUUUUGGAAGACUUUUCAAUCUUAUAUGAGAACCAGUGAAAGUUUAAAUAUUAAACCAAUAAAUCUUUAUUAUUUAAAGUUUUCACGGCAUUUUUAAAAUAAAUUUUAAAAAUAAAUAUUUGCAUUAUAGGUGAAAGUCACAUGUAUUGCACUGACUCGCUUUUACAAUGUAAUGAUAGAACUAAGCAUAAGCACCAAAAAUUAAGAUUAAAAAAAAAAAUCCAAGGAAAUAGUUCUAAAGCACUAUGAAAAUUCUGAGUAAACACUAACCUG